AUGGCUAGACGGACUGAAGCUAUCGAUACAGUGGCUACUUAUUCGAUAGAGGUCAGCUCUCAAACAGGAAUACCUUUUGAAUCCGCCCUACAAUCUGUUAUAAGGGAUCAUCGGCCCUUAUUUUGCUUUAUAUGUUUGGGCCAAAAAGAUCUGGAUAUCAGAAAGCGUGUUCAAAAGUUUUUCUCCUAUAGAGACGUCACUAAAUAUAUCAAGCGAAAGCAUCUGCAAAAUCUCGUGUCUAACGCGAUGAUCCUUCUUCGCUUGAAUAUCCGGGAUGGUUACAACGAGCCUAUAUUGCUGCUUGAUUUAGCCCUGGACGAUAUACCCGUUUUCCGGUAUACCGAGCGAACUCACUUCGCAACCUAA